CCUGUCAGUCUGGCCGUUUCCAGGGAGACGGGAAAAAAACAGCCCGGAGGCCAACACCAGCCGGAGAUCAGCUCUCGGGAGUCGGAGGAGGACGGAGAGACGGACGGGCGACUGUCGCAGGUACCCCGGAGCCUGGUGGAGGAUGUAGAUACAUAACACAACAUGGAGAAGUAUGAGAAGAUAUUAAAAAUCGGCCGAGGCGCAACAGCUGAGGUUUUUCUUAUGAGGAAUACAGAGACCAAAAAAACAUAUGCUGUGAAAAAAAUUAAAGUAGACGCAUCUAAGCGUACCAGAACUAAAGAGUCUAUCCUUCGCGAAGCAGUUAUCAUGGGCAAACUUAUCCACCCAAAUGUUGUUGUGUGUCAUGAAUACUUCUGUGACCCGGAGGAUGAAUUUGUAUUUAUCGUCGAAGAUUAUUGUGACGGAGGGACGCUAGAUGACCACAUCAAGCAAAGGAACGGUGUCCUCAUUCCAGAAGACACCAUCAUGGACUUGUUUAUUCAGUUGACGAUGGCCAUUCAAUAUAUCCAUUCCUUGAAAAUUCUUCACAGAGAUAUCAAAGCUUCAAACGUCUUCCUCACCAAAAAGGGCACAAUUCGGCUUGGGGAUUUCGGUAUCUCCAAGAUUAUGUCUAACACUAUGGAUAUGGCAAGCACGUGCGUGGGAACGCCCUAUUAUCUCAGUCCAGAGAUGUGCCAAGACGUGCCGUAUAGUUCCAAGUCAGAUAUUUGGGCUCUUGGAUGUUUACUUUAUGAAAUGUGUAACUUGAAACCAGCUUUUGAUGCAACGAACUUAUUAAGUCUGUUUUUCAAAAUUGUGAGAGAGAAUUAUGCCCCCCUGGCAGACUUCUACUCCACCGAAUUACAUCUGUUGGUUAAAACCAUUCUGGACAAAUGCCCUGAAACUAGACCUAGUGCAAAUAGCAUUCUAUGUUUUCCCUUUGUUCAGGAACAUUUAAAACAAUUCAUACAGAAACAUGAGUUUUAUUUAUAUAAGCAAACUUUGGAGAAGAAAGACAAAGAAGACUUUGGUUCAUCGGAAAUUCGGAGCAAGACAUCCAUGGCCUACCAUGAUGUUUCUAAAGAAGACUAUCGAUCGAAAUCUGCUCCACCAAGCUCUCACAGACUAUUGGUUGGUUCUUGUGAAUUGUGGGAUUCUGAGGAAUUAUCGGGUACCGCCGAUGGAUCUGACUACUCUGAGGACUUUGACAAAGACAGUUUGGCCUCUGUUGAGGAAGACCUGGAUGUGGAAACUUGUCAGAAUGAGGAGAUUCCAGAGGAGCUUGGUAUUGCUGGUGAUGAAGGGCCUGAUGAAUACCCUGAUGAUUUUGAAGAGGCUGAAGGAAACACUCUGGAAAUGAUGGUGAACCAUGCUCGCUCAGUAAUGGAUGUGUCUGCUGAUAAUGACAGCUUCCAUGAUGAUCAAGAAGAUGAGGGCGUCCAUACUUUGUCAGAAACACUAAAGACACUUUGCCAGCAGUGUAUAGAUAACGUUGGUCCAACCUUGUACAAUGAGCUCUCCAGUCAUUUCCUAAAAGGACUGACACCAGAAGAUCUUCAGCCCCAGUUUGAACACAAGAUGGGUCCAGACAGACUUGAGACAUGCUACCUUGUCUUCAACAUGGAUCCGGAUGCUUCCAGUCCCACAUUGGAGUGAUUGCCCAUUGGACAUUUUCCAUAGUCGAAAUGUUGAAAAGCGCCACACCAAGUGCCGAUUAUUAUCAUACUUUAGGUUAUUGGUUCUGUUUGUAAAACGUGAAGGAACUUUUCUCUUGAAUGUAUUUGUGAAUAUGUAUUUGUACCGCAUCAAUGAACUCUACUGUUACAUAAUGUGCUGUUUCUAACCAGUUGGUACAGAGCACAAAGUUAAAUACUAAAAAGUUCAGUUUUUAGAUCUUC